ACCGUAGAAGAAUCAAUGGAGCUCGAGAGAAUGAGAUACGACAACCCACGUUGGAAGGACAAGGAAAUCAACGGCACGAAACAGCGUCUGGAAGGAGCUUGCCCCAUGACCCCACGAGAAGCCGCCUUCUUCCUCAAAGCCAUGGGUUUCCCUUCAACCACCACCAUCUACAUCGUAGCCGGCGAAAUCUACGGACAAGAUAGCAUGUCUCAGUUCUACAAAGAGUUCCCUAAUGUCUUCUCUCACUCGAACCUCGCCACCCCAGGAGAGCUCGGUCGUAUCAAGCCUUACCAGAACCGGCUUGCCGCUCUGGACUACACCUUGGCUAUGGAGAGUGAUGUUUUUGUUUAUACUUACGAUGGUAACAUGGCUAAAGCUGUUCAGGGUCACCGAAGAUUCGAGGGGUUUAGAAAGACUAUAAACCCCGACAGGUAUAAAUUCGUGAAGUUGAUCGAUCGGCUCGAUGCGGGGAACAUUUCGUGGGAAGAGUUCUCGUCCAAGGUCAAGAGAUUGCAUCAGAAUAGAGUAGGGACGCCGUAUCUGAGAAAGCCAGGCGCAAGCCCUAAGACAGAGGAGAACUUCUACGCGAAUCCUCUUCCGGGUUGCUUCUGCGACAGGUCUCAGGACCAGACCGGGCCUAACCGAUUCGAAAGACAGGGUGUACGAGCCAAUUCUCUGAGAUAACCGGUUCGGAAGUUCACAGUCAGAUAGAUAGAGGGUUCAAGAUUUUUUGGUAUAUAUAUAUAUAUGUACACAGGAGGCUCACACACGCAAAAGGAAAAGCUCAGCAGAAGCGUAGGGUGUUUGUUUUCCCUAUUUAGUUCAUUGUUCUUAGGCUUCUUUAUUGUUUUCAUAGUGCAGAUUCCAGAGUAUACAGAUAAGGUUUUUGAUUUGGAUGCUCGAACGUGAUUCUUUAGCUCAAUGAAAAAAGUAUCCAUC